CGUUCCCUGGGCGGUGCCGCGGCCUCGGCCCGCGCGGCCCCGCCUCACCGAACCCGCCCCCGACAGGACCCGCCCCCCAGGUCCGCGGAGCGGGGGUGACCCCGGCCCAGAGGACCCCUCGCCCCACGCUGGCGAGCGCGCGUAUCCCCGGGCUGCGUGGCCUCAGUGGCGUCCGGCGUGCGUCCACGCGCGGCCCGACCAAGACCGGCGCCGAGCCCGAAGCAGCAGGCCCGUCUGUACUCCCAGGACAUAAGGCAGAUCCGACCUGGAUGGGAACCGCGCCUUCCGAAACCACAUCAUGUUCCGGGAGCGCUACGGCAUCAAGGCAUGAACCAGGUCAUGGCCAUCCUGCUGAUGUUCCUGAGGAGGACGCCUUCUGGGCGCUGGUCCAGCUGAUGACAAGAAACACGCCAUGCAUGGUAGGUGACCGCCGGGGACAGCUGGGAGUGCCUCAGGGCCAGGGGUCUCCCUGCAGAGCUCCCCUGGCUGUGGGCUGGCGGGGACCUGGGCCCAGUCCAUCUCCCCAUCAGCGAAGGGCACUGGCUCCCCGUGCUGCCUUCUGGGUCCUAGAGCCACGGCCCUCAGUCCCGGCCUCGUCCGGGCAGCUCUCCCUUCCCUGCUGGUCCUUCUGCCUCACACCUGCCACCCCCCAGCGCCCUCCGAGCCCACGGCCGGACGAAGCCCCGGCGGCAGCAACACCCCCUCCCGUGCCCCCAGCCUGGCUGCCAAGCCUAGGAGAGGGCCAGGCACACCCCCGCCACCCACCCCGUGGGCUGCACUCCCUGCCCCUCUGUACCGGGUCCCCCACCCCCCGCUGUGGCCAGGGCAAGUGCCAGGGCCGGAUGCCUGCCCACCCCUCAGCCCAGGGCGCCAGCCGAGCUGGGCCUCCGGGAGCAGGGCCUCUGCCCCGGCGGCCCCGGCCUCACAGGCUGUCCUGCCUGGGAAGAGCGUGUCCAGCCAGGGCUCAGGAGGGCCCCGCACGCUGGGGUCACCACCGGGGGCACCUGCAGUACUCAACCCUCGCUGGACACGGCUCUGACUUGUGGGGGUCUGGGGGCUCCUCGGUCUUCUUCAUCCCGGGGGGAGGUUUCCGGCCCAGCACGCAGGCCCUGAGCCCCUGUGCCCUCCAUCGGGACGAGGAGCAGAUGUCCCUGGGGACUGACACCGUCCAGUGGUUCCUGCAGGGCUUCAUCCACCAGCUGCCCCUCCUGGGCCUGCUGUCCCCACAGACCCCCUUUUCGCUCACCCUGAAGCUCUGGGAUGCCUACAUCCUGGAGAGCGAGCACAUGCUGACGGCCAUGGUGUACACCGUCCGCAAGGCUCCCGAGCGUGGAGUGCAGGCCGCAGAGGAGGCAGGCCGGCCAGCACGGGGGCCCAGAGGUCGCCCUCCAGAGCGCGCCCUUGGCAGUAGCCCUGCCCACGGCUCUCCCGGGCACGGCAGACCCCCAGAGCACCUCCUGAAGCUGCCGGAAGGCCUGCAGGAGUUCCUGCAGGACACGCUGUCCGGGGCCUGGGCCCUGGAGGACGAUGCGGUGCUCAGGCAGCUGCAGGCCUCGAUGGCUGAGCUACGCGGGGUGAAGCGGGACCUGCUUCCCCCAGCCGGCACCCCUCCUGGGCCAGUGACCAGCACAGCCACGACGGAGCCAGGGCAGUGCCCCAAGAGCAAGCCCCGCACGUCCCCACAACCCCCAACCUCUGCGUCCACAAGGAAGCUGGACGCUCAGGGGCCUCCAGGGGACAAGGUGACUGUGAGCACAGUGACCCCGAGGCCCUGGGAAGACAGCGACACGCCCUGCUGCUUCACGCUGGCCUUCCCUGAGGACGGGACCCCCUCACACGGCACAAGGCCCUGA